CUGUCUCUAUUCUCUCACCCGUUUCUUCUCCUUCUCCUCCUCCUUCUUCAUCAGUGAGUCCCACAAACGCUGACAAAAAGCACCACCGGAGAACACAGAAUGACUCCACACUAACUCACAUAUAUAUAUUUCUUUCCAACUCCCCGGCAAUUCAGCGUCCUCCUACAAGCAAAAACCUUACAUUGAUCGAGAGAACCAAAACGCCCUCUCUCUCUCUCUCUCUCUCUCUCUCUCUCUUGUCUUCUCUGUGAUGAUGAAGACAAUCCUCUCAGGCUCGCCCCACGAGUCCUCCCUCUCUUUCUCCCGACGCUACUUCAACUGGAGAAAGAAGCUCACCAGCGACGACGAAGACCAAACCCUCAACUUCAAGUUCAGCUCCUCCUCCGAUCACUUCUUCGACGACGAUGACGACCCCAUCCAUGACGAGCCCGACUACCCUGUCCCCAAUUCUCUCACCCCGUUCCAGGCCCCGCCCAAGAAGCUCCCGAAGCUCCGCUCCGCACUCCACCUCUUCAGCAAGAAGCGUUCCAAGUUCCACGCCCUGCGUAGGACGCAUGUGGUCGGGACGCUCUUCGGCAACCGGCGGGGCCAUGUCCACUUCGCGUUCCAGGACGACCCAAGUUCGGCCCCGGCCUUCCUAAUCCAGCUGGCGGUGCCGACGAGCAUCCUGGUGCGUGAGAUGGCAUCAGGGCUUGUGCGGAUCGCCCUCGAGUGCGAUAAGAAGGCAACGGCAGCGGCAGAGGCCGCCAAGAAGAAGAAGAAGAAGAAUGGCGGGAAGCUCAUAGAAGAGGCGUUGUGGAGGACGUACUGCAACGGGAGGAAGUGUGGCUACGCACUGCGAAGUGGGUGUGGCGAGGAGGAGGAGAAGGUGCUGAGGGCGCUGGAAGUGGUCUCGAUGGGGGCCGGGGUUUUGCCGGGCGAUGAGGGCGAUGGCGCGGGGGAGGAGGGGGAGAUGAUGUACAUGAGGGCGAGGUUUGAGAGGGUGGUCGGAACUGGGGAUUCGGAGGCGUUCUACAUGAUGAGCCCCGACGGGAGCGGCGGUCCCGAGCUCAGCCUUUACUUGCUCAGAGUUUGAGGUUCUUGGUGAAAGAUGAAAUGGGAGUUAAGGAUGAGAGAGUUGCUUGGUGUUUUUAAGUUUUGGCUUGUUUUUUGCUUGUUUUGUCUUUUCUUGUUGGACUGAUGAUGUGUUCUUAGUAUUACUUCAGCAGCCAAAGGUGGUUGAAUUGAAUAGGUUCUUAAACGAGUAAAAAAGGGUAGCGAAUGAAGAUCAUCGACGUCUGUCUCGUUUUGUUUUGACUAGAAUAAGCUGCGAUUAUUGGUCACUUCUUGAGUUUUAUUGCUCUUGGCAAAGUGCGUAUGAAAAUGAUGACGAUAUGAUAGUCAAAUCCAGUUUUUUGCCUCUCGAUUA